AUGUCUAUUGUAAAAUCAGCGUAUAGGCCCUUGAGUGGUCAAGGAUUGAUUUCUGGGAUACUGAUACUCGUUCUGGUCCAGAUCGUGCGCUACUUAGUCUCUCCAAUUCGCCGUUUCCCUGGACCUAUCACGGCGAAGCUAUCCUCUUUCUGGCUUGCAUCACAAUGCCGAAAGGUCCAGCGUUCCAAGGAAGUUCUGAAGUUGCACCAGAAGCACGGCGACUUUGUUCAAAUUGCGCCCAAUCAUGUGUCCAUCAAUAGCCCCGACGCAAUUCAACAGAUCUAUGGCCAUAAGACUGGAUUUAUCAAGGGUCCUUUCUACGAUGCGUUCCACCAGGUGACGCCGGUAGUCUUCAACACGAGAAAUGUGUCAGAGCAUACGCGGAAAAGAAAGUAUAUCAAUCCCGCAUUUUCCGCUCGAGCAUUGUCGGACUUUGAGCCUUAUAUGGAUACUGAAAUAUUUGGAUGGAAACGCCAACUACUUAAGAUUUCCAAUGGAUCAAACCCAAGGGUCGACUUUUCUGUCUGGACGAAUUACCUGGCUUUUGAUGUUAUUGCUAGCUUUGCUUUUGGUGAGCCCUUUGGUUUUGUUAAGAAAGGUGAAGACGAAUAUGGGCUCAUCGAAAUUAUUGAUACUCGCGGCGAGUUUAUGAACGCGCUUGGAUCGCUUUCGCCAUUCCUGAGAUCUGUGAUGAGGUAUAACCCGCUCGACUCAUUCUGGAAAAAUGGAUUCCAGGCAUCAGCAGGCCUUGCUAAGAUUGGAAAGGAAGCAUUCGAGAAGCGAAAACUCUCAGCUGACAAUAGCCGGAAAGACUUACUAAGCUUCCUUUUCAACGCAAAAGAUCCAGAAACAAAACUGUCCAUUCCAGAGGAUGAAAUCAUCGCCGAGUCGAUAAGCUUCAUCGUUGGCGGGAGCGAUACAACAAGCAGCACAAUGACUAAUUUUAUCGACUUUGUAUCUCGGGAUGCCGAUUUACAGAACCGGAUUCAGCACGAGAUCGAUAUGAUUUUCCCAGGAGAGCCUUCCGAUGACUGGGUGCCAAGUGAGAAGGAGUUGAAUGAGUUGUCGUUACUAAUUGCAACUUUGAGGGAAGUCAUGCGCUUCCGACCAACCAGUGCCACUGGGUUGGAACGAGUCACACCACAAGGUGGAAAGACCAUAGCCGGACAAUUCAUACCAGCAGACACACUAGUUAGCGUCCCAACCUUGGGCAUUAUGAUGGAUCCACGGAUCUUUGAAUCACCCAAGACAUUCAGACCAGAGCGAUGGCUUCAGCCAGGUGCAGAUAAGCUCAUGGAGUACUUUUACCCAUUUUCCACUGGGCCAAGGUCAUGCAUCGGAAGAAACUUUGCCUGGAUGGAGAUCUUGAAGGCAGUAGCGGUUGUCUUCAAGCUAUUCGAUGUCAGGAGAAUAAACCUUGAGCCCACAGUGGUUAGAGAAGGCUUCUUCAACAAAGCCGUGGAAUGCGAAGUUGAGAUUCACAAGAGGCGCUUCAAUUAG